GGGGCUGCAUGGGGGCUCUGCCACCAGGGGGCGCCCUUGAGGGCUUGGCGGGAGCGGGCACGUGGCUGGACUAGCGCAGGCGUCGUGGCGGCCCGCUGAGGUGGGCUAGGGCCUGGGCGCCCAUGUAGUCAGGGCCGGGCAAGCGCGCGGAGGGCGCUGCCCGCUCCACAGCAUGUUGCCCUGGCUGGGGCGGUGGGGCGCAGGCCAGGAGGAGGCGCCCGAAGAGCCGGGCCUCUCCCCAGGCAGUGCCCAGGCCUGGAGCUCCGGAGAGGAGGCCGCGGAGGAGCAAGAGGCGCCUGCGGAGGGCAGCCCACCGCCCCAGGCCCUCAGCCCGCGCCAGGCCGGAAGGAAGCCGCCGCCCCCGGGUCACCUGGCUUCCGAGCAGAGCGCAGAGGCCGCAGCUCCUCAUCCGCCCCAGCUGCUCUCCCAGGUGCCGCCCUCUCGGAUGACCCCGCUGCCACGUUGGGGUCCCGGCCACCAGGCUGAUGCAGGCCCUCAGCUGCUGGUGAGUGGGGGCCCCGGGGAGCCGAGGGCCCUCCGACAGCCGGGGCGCAGGAGCCUGUCGGCUCCACAGGGGCCCAGCCGCGGGCCAGGCUGGCCCUUGUCCAGCCGGACACUGUGUCAUCCCUCCUGGCCUAUGUACGACGCCUGCGGCAGGAUCCCCACCCCGGGGCACCCAGAAGAGGAGCAGGUGUGCGCCGAUUCAGGUCCUCCCGGCCCCUCAGCACAGCCGGGAGGUCGCUGGGAGGCCACCACGCCAGCCGGCUGCGCCCCCGCAGGGCUCCCGGCGCGGAGCUGUGAAGAUGUCUUCUGCCUGGACCCUCUGCUUCCCUGCGGGCAGCGUGUCCCCCUGUACCUGUCCAAGCCCCCUCAGCAGGCGGGGGGCGCGCGGAGGCUGCUGCUCCCACCUCCCAUCAUGUCGGCGGCCGUGCACCCCUCCUCGUCGCAGGCCUGCGCCUCCACGUGGCUCAGCGAGGCCGAGGUGAUCGCCCUGGCCGGGCUGCUGCAGAUGAGCCAGGGGGAGUCCUCGGCCAGCCCUCUGAGCCCCGCCGGCUGCCCGGACCCCGCCUCUGUGUCUGCGGACACGGGCCCCGGUGGUGGCCAGAGCUGUUCUGGAAGCGCCGACCCCUGUCUGACCCCGAGCCCCGACAACCACUGUGUGUAGUGCCCCGCCCCCCACAAGCGCUGUCUUCACCCCAGGUUGUUCUGUUGACAAUAAAGCACCGUUAGUUUGCAAA